CAAAACCCAAAAUCUCCUAAUUCAAUUUCAAGUUCAAUUUUUUUUAGUUAAAAAAAUGUUUUUUUUAUUUUGAUCUGCUGUUUUUUAGUUUUUUUGGGGGCUAAUUUCUAACAAAAUGUCAAUGCAAACAAAAGCAUGAUAACUAGAAAACCCUCUUAGAUAAACAACUUGUGGCGUCUAGAAAAGAUCCCAUCCUUUCGCUCCUUCAACAAAAAUUACAAUAUCUCUUCAAAUUUGUUUUUGUUCUUUAUUCUACCAAAACCCCCUCAUUAAAUAAGGAGGCAAAAAGGAAGAGGAAAGGAGGAUUCUGCAUCUCUUUUAGAGCUUUCUUUAGCUUGGAAGUCCAAAGAAAGUCCUUUCCUUUAAAAGUGUGGAUAUGGAGAUCGAUAAAGCAAUCACAGAAAGUGAUGAUAAGAGGCUUAAGACCAAGUACAACAACGCCAUCUAUGUUAUUAAAAGAGCUCUUGCUCUUUACUCUAUUGAAGAGGUUGCUUUCAGCUUCAAUGGAGGAAAGGAUUCUACUGUUUUGCUGCACCUUCUUAGGGCUGGCUAUUUUUUGCAUAGAGUGGAACAAAGUUGUUCUAAUGGGGUUCAGAUAGAUUUUCCAAUUCGAACAAUAUAUUUUGAGAGCACUUCUGUGUUCCCCGAAAUAAAUACAUUUACCUAUGAUACAUCCAAGACUUAUGGCUUGCAAAUGGAUAUUAUCCGCACGGAUUUCAAGUCCGGUUUAGAGGCUUUGCUAAAGUCUAAACCAAUCAGAGCGAUAUUUCUUGGUGUCCGAAUCGGUGAUCCUACUGCAGUAGGCCAAGAGCAGUUCUCCCCUAGCUCACCAGGAUGGCCACCUUUCAUGAGAGUAAAUCCUAUCUUGGACUGGUCAUACAGAGAUGUGUGGGCUUUCCUCUUAACCUGCAAGGUCCAAUACUGCAGCCUUUAUGACCAAGGUUACACUUCAAUUGGAAGCAUUUAUGAUACAGUGCCAAAUGCAUUGCUUUCCAUCAGCAGCACCUCCAGCAAAGAGAAAUUUAAACCUGCAUAUUUGCUUCCUGAUGGAAGACUAGAAAGGGCUGGGAGAGUUAAAAAGAAUUCUCCUCUAGAUGGCACUCGUUCUCCUGCUGUCAACAAUGGCCUAGACAGUGUGAAUUCACACAAAAACAGGAUGUUUACUGCCUCAGUAAUUGGUGUGGGGGAUGAGAUUCUGUUUGGCACUGUUGAGGAUCAGUUGGGACCUUUAUUGUGCAAAAAGCUCCAUUCUAUAGGUUGGAUGACAUCACGAUCUACUGUUGUUAGGAAUGAUAUAGAUUCUGUGGCUGAAGAGGUUGAUCGAUGUAAAUCUGUCAGUGACUUGGUAUUUUUGUAUGGAGGAGUGGGCCCUUUGCAUUCUGAUGUUACUUCAGCUGGCGUGGCAAAGGCUUUUGGGGUUCGCCUGGCUCCUGAUGAAGAGUUUGAGGAAUUUCUAAGGCAUCUUAUUGGUGACCACUGCACUGGUGAUCGAAAUGAGAUGGCUCAGUUACCCGAAGGCAUCACUGAACUAUUGCAUCACGAAAAGCUGCCGGUGCCUCUGAUCAAAUGCUGUAAUGUAAUUGUACUUUCUGCAACAAAUGCUACCGAGCUGGAAAAGCAGUGGGAUUGUCUGAUCGAAUUGACUGAAUCUGAUGGCUUCUUAGUGACAAUCGAAUCAUACUCCUCAAAGCGCUUGACGACAAAUCUAACAGAUGUAGAAACUGCUCAACCCCUAUCCAAACUUUGUCUUGAAUUUCCAGACCUUUACAUUGGCUGUUUCCGCAGAUCUAGACAAGGACCUCUCGUAAUUAGCUUUGAGGGCAAGGAUCCAUCUAGAGUUCAGGCAGGUGUUGAAGCAUUGUGCAAGAAGUUCAAUGCAGGGGCAUUCUCUGAAGUCAACUAGACAAAUACCUGCUGUUCUUUCUUUUGCUUGAUAAGCUUCAAAAGCUGAGAAGAUUCUUUGACUGCUGCGACUAUCACUCCCGAGUUUCAGAGUAUAAAUGGUAGAUUAGCGCCUUCGGAUAGCUGAGAAGGGAGAAGGAAAGGUGAAGAUGACGUAAGGAUUUAUUAUGUAUUGGGGUAUAUGAUCUUAUGAACAUUAAUACUACCAGCUGUCACAAUGAAAGUGAACUUACUGGUGAAAACCAGAGUGACAGUUUAGGACUAUUAACAAUUUGUACUUGUUCUUAUUACCCAAGAUCAAGGAAUCUCACACUUCUAUUCUCAA